AUGAGGGAUCAAAUCUAUAUGGUCACUCAAAAUAUGGUCAGAAGAUUAAGUGGUCUACAGAAAGAAGUGCUUCAUCUUUACAGAGCAUGUCUUAGGGUUGCACAUACAAAGCCAAAGGCAAAUCAAGCUCACUUUGUGCAGUAUACUCGCCAGGAAUUUGGGAAAUACAAGGACCUGCCUAAGAAAGACUUCACGACCAUUGAGCAUCUGCUGAGAGUUGGUCGCAAGAGAAUGGAAUCUUAUUCACGAUCCGAAUUAAAAGACAUCCACUGA